AUGGGAAACAAAACAGCACCAGUGGAAUUUAUCCUAAAGGACUUUUCAGAUGAGCCUAGCUAUCAGACAUUGACAUUUACAGUUUUCCUCGUUGUCUUUCUUACUGCUUUAGUAAAUAAUGUCCUGAUUACUGUAGUCAUUAUACAGACUCCUGCUCUAUGGACGCCAAUGUACUUUUUCAUUGGUAACCUUGGAAUUUUGGACACAUGUUACAUUUCGACCAUUGUUCCUAGAUUGUUAGUUAGCUCACUUGCACAAAACAAAAAGAUCACGUUUGGAGGCUGUUUGGUUCAGCUGUAUUUUUUUUUCAAAUUAUCAGUCACCGAGUCCACAAUAUUAGCUGCCAUGUCUUAUGACCGUUAUAUGGCAAUAUGCAACCCUUUACACUACAUGGUUGUAAUGAAUAAAAAAGUCUGUAUGCAGCUUGCGAUGAUAUCCUGGAUGAAUGGGAUUGCUUAUUCCACCAUUCAGACUGCAAUAGUAUAUAGCUUAGACUUCUGUAAAUCUAAUAUUGUCGAUCACUUUUUCUGUGACAUCCCACCACUUUUACACAUCUCCUGUUCUGGUACCAAAAUAGUUGAAAUAAUAGUUAUAUUGUUAGGAUCUGUUUUGGUUUUACCUUCUUUCCUUUUUAUAGUAAUUUCCUAUUUCUAUAUUGUAAGAACAAUAUUAAGGAUCCCAUCAGCCACAGGACGUAGGAAGACAUUUUCUACCUGUGUGUCUCAUUUAAUUAAUGUUUCCUUGUUCUAUCUUGCUGGAACCUCUGUUUACACAAGACCAGCUCCCCGUUCCUCUGAUCUUCUACAGAUAAAGAUAAGUGCUGUAUUUUAUACAGUGUUUGUACCACUAGUCAAUCCUGCUAUCUACAGCUUGAGAAACUGUGAGUUAAAAGGAUCCAUCAGGAAAAACUUUAAUCGGAUUACAGGUAUUUUUUUGUUGAAGGUACUCCACAGUUUCCCCUUAAAGGGCUUUGCUAUCAAAAAAUAA